AAUGAAAUUCAUAAAAACCUAAACAGAAGUUCUAAGUGGAAAGUUAUAAGGAACUGUUUACCCCGUAAAGAGUCAAAGGAACUUAAGUAUUCAAGAAAUAUCACGGAACUAGUGGAGGAGUUCAGUUCUUCUUUCACGACAGUGGGAAUUAAAGCAUCAGAGUCUGCUACUGCACUUUUAACUAAAUAUAAUCUACCAACCAUAGACCUAGCAGUACCUGCUCAAAUUCCUGUGUUUCAUUUCCAUCCGGUUUCAUGUAGUGAUGUACAGCAGAUCAUCAUGUCCUUUUCCUCAAACAAGGCACCGGGAUUAGAUAAAAUCCCAAUGAGUAUUAUCAAAGAUGCCUUACCAUGUAUUCUCCCUGCGUUAACGGAGAUUAUUAAUUGUUCAUGGCUUACAUCCGAAAAUCCAACAUCAUGGAAGAUGGCAGAAGUUGUUACCCUCUUAAAAGAUAGGGAUCAUGAGAUCGCAGACAAUAAUCGUCCUGUGUCUUUGCUAAUUGCAGUAUCAAAGAUUUGUGAACGAGUUGUAUUGAAUCAAUUGACUGACUAUAUGUCGCAAUGGAAAAGAUAUACUCAACACCAAAAUGGCAAUCGAAAAUUACAUUCUACAGAAACAUUAAACGUUUUUAUAACAGAUCAAAUCUUGCAGUCAAUGGAUCGUAAAGAAGUUGCGGCCUUAGUAUUAAUAGACUUAUCCAAAGCAUUUGAUAGUAUAGAUCAUUCAAUUCUACUAGUGCAACUUCAAACCAUUGGUGUGUCUAAAUCAGUGUUGGCAUGGUUUAAAAGUUAUCUAUCGGGACGAAGCCAAAA